UUGUCAUUAUUGGCAAAAAAAAGGAGAAGUAUUGAUGUAAAUCAUUUACAUAUUUUGUGGCUCUUGACUUAUUGUUUCCUAGAUCCGUGUUGCUCAGCUAGGAGGGGCAUUAUCUGCAAGUGGGUAGCCUGGGGCUGCAGGACUGGCAGUGUCCUGCCUAGAAUUCGUGAUGGUCAAAUCUCAGAUGAUGUGGGUAGGCAAUGACAAGUUCCCACUCCCUCUCUAUGACAUGACAGAUACCCAGCUUUAGCCACUCCCCACAACCUCUUCCUCAGGCCCCCUUGCAACUUUCCAGACAACCUGCCAGGCUCCCAACUUAGACCCUCCCCAACUCCCCAGCUUUACUGGCUUCUUAAUGUUCUUCUCUGUCUGUUCUAGCUUUCUUCCUUGCUCUCUUCAAACACAGGUUCUGUCCUCAACUAGCAGAGUGAGGCAUAACAUUGAAAAAAAUAACUUACGUAUGACAAUCAAAUCAUUUUCUCAUUGACCAAAAUCUAACCUGCCUUUCAUCUGUUUAUAUUUUUGCAUACAUCAGACAUGGGGAAGUACCCCUGAUGAUAACUCUCAGUACUUAGUGUAGGAAAGAGGGUGGCCUAGUGGGUGGAACUCUGCAUUGGGACUGGGUUCUAUUCCUGACUCUGCCACUGGGUGAUCUUGGGCAUGUCACUUCACCAAUCUUGCCUCAGUUUUCCCCUCUGUAAAAUGGGGAUAAUUGUACUUGCUUCCUUGGUAAAACACUUUGAGAUCUGCUGAUGAAAAGCACUGUAUAAAAACUAGGCAGUAGUAGCUGUAGAUCGGAAGAGUAACAUUUAAAUGGCUUUGGGUGAUGUUUUUGGGAUCCUCACAAUGACAUGUCAGACUUUUUAUAUGAUGAGCUGGGUGAAGAGUUACUGGUCUCGGUGGAAUCCCAUUAUUGUGACAUCACAUUUUUUUUUAAAAAAACCCUUUAUCUAAUUUAAUUACUAUCUCAUCUCCUGCUCUUCACCACACAUCCUGUUUCAUCUGCCUGUUGAGAGUUAGAUCCACAUGCUUAGUCAAUAAAAUGUUUAAGAAACUAUUUGGGGGGGUUUCCUAGUUUUUAAAGCUCUGAAUAUUCAUGGAACUAACGUUUUGGUUUAUUAUGAAUCAUUCGUGGGAGCCAGGAGAGGCAACAUUUGAGAACUGCUAUGAUAUGUGAGUGUGGGAGAGCAAGAGAACAUAGCACCAAAAGACAGACUCUUGCCAGAGCUAUUGUUUCUGCUGCUCAUGACAGAGGUUCCUAAAUCUAUACUUAAAACUUUCACACCCAUUGUUAAAUUCAGGGGUGGAAAAUAGCACAUAUAGUAAAAUAGGUUACUCUAUGUGCAUGCUGCUUAAAAAGCAUCCCAGAGUGAUUAUUCUGCAUGAAAACGCCCUUGCUGAUUUCACAAGAAAUGUGAGACAACCCAGCCUGCCGUACAUCUGCCUCAGGCUCUGAAUCGCUGAGGGUUUUUACAGAAACGCUUUGAGGGAGGCAUCGCUGACAAAAGAUAAGAACACCAGAAAUAGCACCAUCACUCCCCCUACUUCUGAUUUUUGCUAGCUAAGCAAAUAGUUUAGAGGGGGUUUUUCUUUUUUAAUUAAAGAGAGAUUAGACUUCUGUAGCAUGGACCUAUCUUAAGUACUGAUAGGCUCCCAUUGAAGAAGUACCUACACACCUCACAAUAUUGUAAUAUGAGAUAGGGAAGUACUAUUAUUCCCGUUUUUUUACAGAGGGGAACUGAGGCAUAGAGAAACUAGCUUGACCACAUUCCCCCUGUGAUAGAGCAGGAACAUGUAUUGAACCAUCGUUCCUUUCUGUUUUGAUCUAGAGUUGAAUUUUGAACAGCCAAACAUUCCGAGGUGUUUGAAUAAGGGUUAUUGCUCCAGCCAUUAUAGGCAGGGUUCCGGAUUUAAAUUCCAAACACCCCUCAAUAUUAGAGCAGGAAAGUGAUGGAUUCAGGAGGAUGUUAGCAAAGCCUGAACAUUUGAAUGUUGCUGGAAAGCAAGCAUGAAAGGCUUUUAAAAAGAAAGGAGUCAAAAUACGAUUUUGAACUCAACCAAACACUAGUGGGAAAAUGUUUAUACUAUUUCUCAUCUAGUCAUUAACCUGUUUAUCAUCCUUUUGAAGAUUAUAUAAUGAACAUAUGUUAAUUCACUUGUCCUUCUCAGCACUACAUUGUAUCCCAAGAAAAUACAUACAGCUAUAAGCAUUGUUAGGCCUCUGAUAAUAUGCAAAACAAGGAUUUUGCUGUUAUAGCUUCCUGUGAAAGCUGGACAGACCACAUAGACUUUCAAAAAAAGGAAGUGCACUCUGAAGGACAAACAUUUUUUGCCACACAAUAUUGCAGUACAUGCUCUUUACCAGACUUGCAGACACUGAGUUGCUGAAGCUAUGAAUGGCAAGGCAGAUGUGAAGUCCCUCAUGGCGAAAUUUAACACUGGUAACAACCCAUCAGAGGACGUUCCGGGUAGCAAUCAACCCUUCAAAAUCCCAGGACAACCUUCAUCUUCAGGACUACAGGCAAGGAAAGCUGCACUUGAGAAAUUUAGCAAUCCUCCUUCAGGUCCCAGUACCUUUCACAAGUCUGCAUCUCCUAAACCGUCAUUUGGAGUAAAACCUUCUAUUGAAGAUAAACCAGAAAGGGAUCCAAAACCUCCCUAUUUAAAGCAUAACCCUGUGGCACACAAGUUCGGGUCUCCGGUUAAUGCAGCUAACAGAGAAGCUGAUGGAAAAGCUGGAGUCACUAAAUAUCUGGGUCCUAAAGCCACUGAACUGUCAAAAGAAGAACCCAAGCCUGUGUUUCCAAAACCUCCUGUAAACAAGUUCCUUAGCUCUACUGCCCAGGAGAAUGACAUAAAGCCGCCAGGACCUAAACCGAAUUUUAAUUCUGCAGCACAAGAGAGUGAGCCAAAACCAGCAUUCCCCAAACUAGCUGGGGUUAAAGAAAAGUUCAUUGCUGCGUCACAAGAAAAUGACCCCAAGCCUCCUUUCUCUAAACCAUCCCUUGGGCAAAAACCUUCUCUAAAUCCUGAUGUCUCCCACCAUGAAGAUAUUUCCAACAGACAUGCUUUUCUGACUAAGGGAUCUUCAGGAUCUCUAGGCCCCAGACCAAAACUACAUUCAUUUAAAUUACCAAAGGAAACAGCAGAAAAUAGCAGUAAUGGAACCGAUUCCCCAGGUGGUCAUUUUCCUACUGUGACUCUGAAAUCUAUUGGUAAUCGGAGCACCCAAGGACAGGUUCUAAAAAAUGUUGAGGAAAAGACUGAAGAUAAUAGGUCAGGGGUCGCCAAGAAUAUUUUCCUCAGUAAAAUUAAUCAGGAAGAUUCUGGUCCAACUCCUUCUAAAUUCCGCAAGCCAACUGCCAAGCUUGCUGCAGGAGGACCAUCGGGCAGCUUCCACGAGAGAGAAGAGGGAGACAAGAAUUCUGCAACUCCCAAGCGCAAAGCAUUACCUCCAUUAUUUAAAUUGGGCCAGCCUCCCCAAAAGCCCAGCAGACCCCCAACUGUGGACCUGGAAAGAUUCCGAAAAAAUAGUGCAAGAGACAGCUCUAACAAAGAAGUUGUUAAACAGAUCUCCCACUCAGUGCUCUCCUCACCUCCACUUCCACCCUCCCUUUCUGCUACACAGACACCACCUCCUCCUCCUCCUUCAGCUUCUCACCCAUCAACACAAGCACCACCAGUUCCCAGCCUACCUCCCAGAAACAUCAAACCCAGCUCUGAUCCCUCAAGUCCAGACAAUGAACAAAGUUACGAUGAUGUUGAAUUUGGUUCAGACGGUCAUGGAAAUACAGAUGGGGGUCAAGAGAGUGAUGGAGAGACGUAUGAAGAUAUCAAUGACAUCAGAGCCACAUCAAAAGAACAAGAAAAGAAGAGAGAGAAGGAAGAAAAGAAAAGAUUGGAACAAGAGAAGAAAGAACAAAGGGAAAAAGAAAAGAAAGAGCAAGAAAUCAGAAAGAAGUUCAAAUUAUCCGGACCCAUUCAAGUCCUUCAUCAGGCACAAGCUUGCAUGGACUACAAGGGAGGGAAGAAUGAGCUGACUGUGAAACAGGGUGAUAAUAUUGAAAUCAUCCGUAUUACAGACAACCCUGAAGGAAAGUGGCUGGGCAGGACAACAAAAGGAUAUUAUGGAUACAUUAAAACAACCGUGGUGGAGAUUGACUAUGAUUCUUUAAAAAGAAAACAAAGACCUUCCCUGAGUGCUUCCCUGAGACGUGUAGACAAUGACCAAGAAGUUUAUGAUGAUGUUGGAGAGCAGGACAGUAUCAGCAGCCAAAGUGGUGGUAGAAGUGGAACUGGAGUGAUGUUCCCACCUCCUGUCCCCGAUGAAGAAAUUUAUGAUGGAAUUGAUGAUGAAGAUGUUAAUGCUAGGUCUAUAUCACAGGAUGAAGAUAAGAAUGACUCCCGGUCUUGGGGACUUUUGAAGAUGUUAAAGGGAAAAGAUGACAAAAAGAAAAGUGUACGAGAGAAAACAACCAAAGUCAAUGAGGCAGAAGAUAAUGGAGGUUCCUCCAUGAAUCCUCCAAUAAAGAUGUUUGGGAAAGAUGCAGGAGACAAUGAUGUUUAUGAUGAUGUAGAAUCAUCCGAAUUCCCUCCUCCACCAAUAGAAAUUGGAUCAUCAUUAAUUAUGAAAUCUCUGAGCCUUGGAAGGGGUAAAUCAGAUGAGAAAGACACACGAAAGCUUAAAAAGAUGGAAAAAGAGGAGAAAGAGUUCAGAAAAAAGUUUAAAUUUGAAGGUGAAAUUAGAGUUCUUCAUUCUACUACGAUUAUCGCAGAUCUGCCGUCUAAAAAAUGGGGAGCAAAAGACUUACAAGUGAAACCAGGGGAGUCAGUUGAAGUUAUACAAAUCCUAGAUGAUGCCAAGGUCCUGUGUAGGAAUGAAGAAGGAAAAUAUGGCUAUGUCCCGAGACGCAGUUUAGUGGAGAAUGAUGGAGAUAUCUACGAUGAUAUUGCUGAUGGUUGCAUCUAUGAUAAUGAUUAAUCUUGAAUACUGGUAAAGUGUGAGCUUCAUUGGGGGUAUCUCCUCUGGAUUUCCAGUUGGCAUAAAACAUCACCAAAGCUGAUUAGUCACAAGCUAUGGCUAUCAUCAGUGAUUACCCUUCUACAUGUACCAAAUUUUGGUUAACCUGUGUCGAACAUUAGAUCUUUUGGAUUUAUUGCUUUGAAUGGCACUUUCUCUUUGUCAUGUAUCAACACAACUAAAAUUUGGGUAAUCUGAACUGAAAUUAAAGUUUUCAUCAAAUGUGUCCUUUCUGCCUCUGCCACAGUCCACUGGUCCAUAUAAAAACAAUUCCUCAGGCAACUUCACCCAGAGAUGCCAAUUCACUGCUACAAAGGAUAUGUGGGUCAGUAGGCCCUGAUGGCAUGGACUGCCCACUUUGUGGAGGACAGCAUCAUGAAAAGAAUUGUAACCACCAAUGGUAGGCAUCAUUGUUGGGAAAGCAGGAAACAGAAGUGGGUGGCAAAGAAGCCAAUAUAUCCUUGACCCAAUAUUCCAAUUUUAAUAAUCAGGGUUAAUGUGAUAAACAUGGCCAUGUGCCUCCACUGCUAAAGUUUUAUACUGUACCAGUAAUAGACUGUAGUUCUCUAAAAUGAUCAUUAAAUGUUUCAUGUGUUAUUUUUGAAUACAUAAUAAUUACACAAUAAUAAACAUAAUUUAUCGGGUUUUUUUAUGUGUCUUAUGUACAACACUCUGAGAUACUAGCCAUGGAAGGCUCUCCUUAACUAUAUAGUACAUCAUUGUUAUUCAGCAGAUUUUCAGGAUGUUUAUCCUAAGGUUUUACUCUCUGUUUAGUUUAAAGGGAAAUUGCCAAGUCAUUAUUGUAGUUUAGGCAUGAAAAUCUACUUCUUAUAAUUGUAUAAUCUGAUGGGACAUAGCCUCUUCAUUUAAUAUAGAUACAUAGUCUGAAAUUGCAACAUUUUGAUGCUGAGAUUUUUCUUUUAAAUAUUGCUUUCUUACACUAGAGUCAGCUAAAUGAAGGAGCACAACUUAAUUAACAAAACCUAUUUCUAAAACUGCCAGCUUCAUUGAUGAUGCUAUUAUACAAAUAAGCAAGUCUUUAUAGUAAAAUAAGUAUGUAAUAAUGAUUAGUAUUACUUUGCACUUAUUAGUAUCAGGAUCAAUUGAGAAAAUACAAUAAUAUUAACAAUGAAUCCCAAACAUAGAAGAACAAAAUGUUUAGAAAACGAGAUUUUAUUUGUAGCUUCUCGGGUCUUGUCUACAUUUGGAAUUUCGGCCAUCAGUAACCAGCUAACACCAGUGUAGUAGGAUUAGUGCAAAGCCCUAAUGAAGACAGGCAAAACUGCUAUAAACUAUGACUUGCAAUAGUGCAGUUUACCCCUGCUUGAAACCAAAGUAAAUAAAAGUUACUGCUUAUAGUAGUUAAGCCUGCAUACACCAGGGUGAAAUCUUGGCUCAGUGGGAGAUUUACCACUGAUUUCAGUAGAUCCAGGAUUUCACCCUAGGGCUUGGACUAGGACAGCUACAGCAGUUAUUGUCCAUAAUGAAUCUCCUCUGUAGACAAGGCAUAGAAGGAUAUCAAGUAUAAAAUUAAAUAGAACAAAUUUGAAUGAUGUUUAGUAGCAAACAUGAUUUAAUAUCACAUAACCACCUGUAAGCCUUAGUCUAAAUAAUCUUUAAAAAUCACAGAUUUUUAUACUCUGGAGCCAGUUUUGAAGUUUUGCACUCAAUUAGAGCCUCCAGUUCUGCAUCUGGAUGUUCACAUCAGUACACAGGCACACAAAUACCUAUUUUAGGCAUUGAAGCACCACUGUUAGCAUCCAAAUUUGAAAUCUGGCCUCUCUUAAGUACCAUGAAGUUUUCAACUAUUUAGCAGCUGCAGUCUGUUUUAUUUUUCAAAGGCACUGAAGACAGUGUAUCAAAAUAGGGAUGUGACAGAAGGCUCAGCUGGAAUGCAGACACUGAAAUAUAGGGCUACCUGCCAGCUAGUGGAAAAACAUUUUCAUACCUAGCCACCAUUAAUUACUCACAAAAAAGUUUGAUUUCCUAUGUAAAUGCCCAGACUUGUUCCUUUUACAGUUAAUGACAUGACUUCAGUGAGAAUGGAAUCAGAUCCCAAUCAUUGUGUACAAUUUACCCAAUGUAGAGGACAAGUACAAGGACUUAAGUGGUACAUAAGCCUCUUGUUGUUCCCUUGUACAGGUGUGAAUUUCACCCUUUGUGAGUAGUGAGGCUUUUAACAAUACAUUUUGAAUAUUUCUUCCAGUUUCCAAAUAUUCUUAAUAUCUUUCAUAACCAUAAUAUAACAGAUGUAGAUAGUAUAUAACUUUAUAGAUCAUAAUGUAACAUGGCCCGUUCAGACUGAUUAAAAGUGUCAUAAUAUACUAGCAAAUCACUGAAGUAACUUAUUUUUAUUUUACCACUCUCUGGAUACAAUAUUUUUUCUUUCUCUAAAUGAAAGUGUGCACUUCCAAUGAGAAAUGUGGGUGCACUGCCUUCUGCCAAAAUUGCCACUGAGCAGCAGACUAUAUGUAAGUCAAUGUUACGAUUGAUGUGACAGCAUACUACUACAGAUGUGACCUUACUUUGUUAGUAAUGACUUUUUAAAAUGUUUAAAUGUAAGCAGGAAAACUUUCAGAUAGAAAAGUCUAUGCCUAUAUUAUUGAUAAACAUAAAGUAUGGAACAGCAU